CCUAAUGGUACAAAUAAUUCAUGAUAUUCGUCUCACUGAUACAAUGGCAGGUGGUUUCAUUACAUUGAAACUAGUUAGAACACAGCAGAGACAUGCAUUGAGGUUAAUUACCCACAUGUUUUUAUAUGAGGCUCUAAAGCAAUAUAUUCAACCAUGCGUAUUAUGCGGUCUUUUAAGGUUCGUUUGUAACAUCAUAAGUUCCUCUACAGACAAUCAAGAAUCAAUUAUGCUUACAAGCUGUUAUCAGUUGACACAAACCAGAUCUCUCGUCUUUAACAGUUUCGUAUAAAGUAAGGCACCACUCAGAAUGUAUUUUAACACCCCUGAAAACUAGUGAUUGAAACUUACAGCGAGAAAGUCUGCGUUAAAGAGUCUAGAAAAGAAAUGGAGACAUACCUUACUGGAGCCCUGAACGACACCGACUACGCUAAUGUUGCGGCUGAAAUUUGUGCUUUAAAUACAGGAUUGGGGAACCCCACGGUUAAUGAUGAAAACUUGCAUAACAACAUUAGAUCAUCUGAUCGAGAUGUGGUGUGGGGAGUUGCAGGUCUCCACACACUCGCGAAUUUGUCUAACCUCCUGGAUAGCAUACCCAAUACAUCAGGGUUUCUAAGAAAUAACGAGAACGGGAUCUGUGCUACGGCUACUCGACACAACGAUGGUAGAUCUGGGAUACGCAAACCACUCUCGGAUUUGUCUAUCCUGGUGGAUAAUAUACCCCACACAACACUGGGUGGCAAUGGAUCACACAAAAGACAGAGAUCCAUUCAGGCCGAGAUUCACACACCAAGGGGCCCGCAUACAACUUUACGAAAUACUGAUGCAAAGAGACAACGAACGGUUCGGAGUGUGCCCCCCGUUUUGAAUGACAGAGUCAUCGCGAGCGAUAAUGUAGGACCAUUGGAGUCUGACGCUAGAACAUCUGGUCAAGGGUCGAGCACACAUGACAUAGUAGAGAGCUUUGUAGAUUGGGAUGAGGAUCUGUUUAUCGCAUGGGACGCUUGUGAUUUUGAAAUACCUACACCGGUGCAAUCACCAUCAGCGUCCAUGAAUGUACAAGGAACAACUGUGGCUUCCGAACAGACCCCAGAGUUAGGGGUGAAUCACAUAAACCAAGAAGACAACAAUUCUGAGGAUACAGAAUUGUCCCCAUAUGUUUUGACCCAGAACCUCGAUGUUCAAAGAACCGUGGAUUCCGAACAGACCAUCGCUGUGAUACAACUAAAUCGAGAAGAGGUUGGUUCUGAGGAUACAGAAUUGUCCCCAUAUGUUUUGACCCAGAACCUCGAUGUUCAAAGAAUCGUGGAUUCCGAACAGGACCCGGAGCCACUGCCUGGUAAUCAACAGGCCUAUAGAAACGAACUUGUGGCUGAUGAACAGGUCACGGACAGCACAGGAAAUGAAGUGACUCCAGAAGAGCUCAAAGACUUUUUGCAUUAUGUAUGGCACGAUUAUGUACAGUUUAAGCAGUUUGUAGUCGAUGGUUUUGCAAUCCAGGAUACAGAGCGAAGAAAACUGUUGGGGUUAAUCGCCGAAAUUAUCACUCUGUUAAAAAAUCCGACUUUGUAAGUGACAAAGCCGUUUUCUGCCGUUUUAAACUUAUACCGUUGAGUGUUCUCAAUACCAGAUACAACGGGAAAAUUUUCAAUGUUUAUAU